AUGAAGCUCCCUGCCCUGGYCCAUCUUGUCCUAUUGGCCCUGCUGUCCUCAGCUGGAGCUCAGCCCUGCCCUUCAGAGAUGAACAGUGUCAAGGACCUCCUUGAAGUCAACUGCACAGGGCAAGGUCUCAGCACAGUGCCCUCUGCCUUGCCCAAGGACACAGGCAUCCUUCUGCUCAGCUCCAACCGCCUGGUGUCUGUCUCCACCACYGCCUUCCUGCCCUUCUCUGUGCUGSAGGACCUCGAUUUGUCCAACAACGGGCUGGUGGCUCUGCACACUGAGUCCCUGCUGCCAUCCCUGAAAGAGCUGAUCCUGUCUCGCAAUACCCUGGAGACCUUGCCCACCUUGAAGGCUCUGCCUGCCCUCACCCAUCUGGCCCUGGCUCACAACCGUGUGGGUAUGCUGGCUCCAGGGGCUUUCCAUGCCACACCACAGCUGCAGUACCUGGACCUGCGAGGCAAUUUGCUGAAGACUCUUCCCCCGGAGGCCUUURCAGGGUUGGGGGCCCUCAAGGAGUUGGACCUCUCUGACAAUGCCCUGAAGGAGCUGCCCCAGGAACUACUGCAGGAUCUGAGGAACCUGGAGACCCUGUGGCUCUCAGGCAACCUCCUCCAGACUCUGCCCCCAAACUUCUUCCCUGAGGGUCACUUUUUUUCAUAUGUUUUUCUGACUGAGAAUCCUUGGCACUGUGACUGCAACCUGCUCUAUCUGCGGGCCUGGAUCCGGCAGAAUGACAACAGUGUCUACCAGUCUGAGCGCGGUCUGGAGAAGACAAAGGUUGAGGUGGCCCCAGAGAGUGUGCUGUGCCACAGCCCUGACAAACAUCAGCACAAGCCAGUCAUGUACUUCAAGCCUGACUGUGGCAGUGUAGGAGAUGCCAAUGAGGAAGAAGAGGAUGAAUAUGGCUAUGGGGAAGUAACUGAUGAGAAAACUCCCAAGACACCCUCCUUCCGCCUGCGUUCAACCACCCUUGAAGAUCAGUUGAUCCCCACCUUUGCUAUCACCCAGCCUCCCUUCAUCACCACGAGGGCUCCCCUCACCAGCUCUGCUGGCUCCAUCCUUACUCCAAGCACUUGGAUUGCAACCCCCACAGCUUUGCCAACCACUCCAGUGGCUGAGACUACAUUCGCCCUCACCAGCAUUCAGCUUGCCAGUACUGCCACUUCCCCCAGGACCACCAGGAGCUCCACGACAUUCCUCUCGACCCCUUCACUGGCCAUCCUGACAAGCUCCAGACCUCCAGGAACCACCAUCCUUGCUCCAUCUGCUCUCACCACUGAUGCUGCCAGCACUCGUAUCCCUUYGUCCACUGGCAUGUUCAGCACCACUUCCACUGUGGCACCUUCCACUGCCACGUCGAAGGCCUUUGCCACUUUCAGAUCUUCAUCUUCUCCACUAACUCCGCCAGUGAUCUCCAGCACCACAGCAGUGCUUUCCACCCACCUGGGCACCACACGCCUCCAGCAKCCUGUCCCGCUCUGCCCCUGUUCCAUGCCAGCACCAGCCGUACCCGUGCUGCGCCCACAGGCUCUUGUUGAGGGCCCACAGUGGGGCCAGUGGGUUCUGAGACAUUGUUGUCUGCUGCACUGGCUGCUCUACCUGGCUGCCUUGGCUCUGCUGCUCCUUUCUACACUGGUUCUGGUGGGUUGGCUGCUGUGGCUCUGUGUGGUGGGGYGGCCCUCCUGGAACAAGUCUUCCCUCCAAGUGCAAAAGAUGCAAUACCCGCUGCUGGGGAGGAGGGAAUCAGUAGAAGGUCCUGUGAYCCACCUCAGCAGCUUCACUAGUCCCCCGCAGCGGCCCACUUUCUGCACCAUCAAGGAAGUGGAAUUGUACCCUGAUGUUGCGACAUCCUACACUUACUGCACUAUCAAAGACCUGGCACCGCAGCGCAAUCCUCAUGCAAGAUCCUCCUUCUGCACCACAAAGGAGCUGUGGAUCCACCAACAUCCCCUGAAUGCUACUUUCACCACUUUCUCGGGAAAGCUGUAAAUUCCAGACCUUGGCUUGCUGAGGACUCCUUCUGCUUAUAGUCUGGACAGGAGUCUGGACGUCAUCAGUGCUGCUAGAAUGAAACAGGUCGGUGACAGCUUGUGAAUGUUUCUGCAGGCUCAGAGAAAGGGACAGGGGUGAUGACACUGUCUGGCAUUCUUUUUU